AACAACUCCCAAGUUUGUGGCCUGAAUGUCGAAAGAAAUGUCGACAGAGUCGUCAAACAACGAAAAGCUCUUUCAGGAGCUGGACUCUUAUAAUUGGGAGAAAGAUGCCGAAUUCCAGGCUGGCCUCGCCGCCAUCCUCGGCCCAAACCCAAGCCCCUCCCAGCUGAGAGACCUCACCAUCCGCGCCCGAACAUUCUACUACGCGCGCAAAACAAACCAGACAAUCGACUUCGACGCGUACAAGGCCUAUCUUGCCUCGCGAUCCCCCGAAGAGUUCCCGGCGCCAAACACGAGCGACGCUGGGGAGUCGACCCCGCUUCCACAAGCCAGCCCCAAUCCCACUUUCCCAACAUCCUUCGCGGACAUUGUUGCCCUCAUCAAUAGUGGUGCUCCAAUACCUGGCAUCAUGGACAUCCCACCUACAGUGCUCGCUGACAAGGCGACGCAGCCGGCGGCUUCGAGGCGAAAGAAGCCAUGGGAGACACAGGAGGAGCCCAUAAUACCAGAGGGCGAAGGGACGUUUGGCAGCGAUAGGGACCGCAUUAUACCACAGGAAGAAGUAAGCCCUUAAUGGGAAUUAAGCUACGAGGCAGUAUAGUUAUAGAAUUAUAUAGUUGUAGAUAAAGUAGCAGGUGAAGUAGGGAUGAAAUGGUAGAUGAAGUGGCAUAACUGCUACUAGAUGGCA